CCCAUGGAGAAUAAUACAGAAGUGAUGGAUUUCAUCCUGAUGGGUCUGACCAAUACUCCGGAACUUCAGAUUCCACUUUUUAUUGUGUUCACCCUCAUUUACGUCAUCAGUGUUCUGGGGAACCUGGGGAUGAUCAUAAUGAUCCUACUGGACUCCCGUCUCCACUCUCCCAUGUACUUUUUCCUCAGUAACCUGUCUCUGGUGGACUGUGGUUACUCUACAGCUGUCACUCCCAAGGUCAUGGCUGGAUUGCUGAUAGGAGACCAGGUCAUCUCCUACAAUGCAUGUGCUGCUCAAAUGUUCUUUUUUGCAGCCUUUGCAACUGUGGAAAGUUAUCUCUUAUCCUCAAUGGCCUAUGACCGCUAUGCAGCGGUGUGCAAGCCCCUCCAUUACACCACCGCCAUGACAAUGAGUGUGUGUGCUCGUCUGGCCAUAGGUUGCUACAUCUGUGGUUUCCUGAAUGCGUCCAUUCAUGUUGGAAACACGUUCAGUCUUUCUUUCUGUAAGUCCAAUGUGGUCCAUCACUUUUUCUGUGAGAUUCCAGCGGUCAUGGCUCUCUCUUGCUCUGAUAAACACAUUAGUGAGGUGAUUCUUGUGUAUGUGUCAAGCUUUAAUGUCUUUUUUGCUCUUCUUGUUAUAAUCAUAUCCUACCUAUUCAUAUUUAUAACCAUCUUGAAGAUGCAGUCAGCUCAGGGGCACCAAAAGGCUUUGUCCACCUGCGCUUCUCACCUCUCUGCUAUCUCCGUCUUCUAUGGGACAAUCAUCUUCAUGUACUUACAGCCCAGCUCCAGCCAUUCCAUGGACACAGACAAAAUGGCAUCCGUGUUCUACACCAUGGUCAUCCCCAUGCUGAAUCCUGUGGUCUACAGCCUGAGGAACCAAGAGGUCAAGAAUGCUUUCAGGAAAGUAUUGGAAAAAGCAAAAUCAUCUCUGGUACUGGGAUUUUAA